UUAUAAUACAAAAGAUAUAACCAACUUGAUAAAGUCAAAGCGAUGUUUUGUACUUUGCAGUUUUGUACUACUAACACUAUCUCUAUAUAUAUAUAUAUGUGUGUGUACGCUCCAGAUGUCUUGAUUAAAGAGAGAAGAAAAAGAACAGGGAGAGAGAUGAAGAGAAAGAGAUACGAAAUGGAGAAGAAGAAGACAGAGCUUCAAACCACCAUAGAAGAGCUAUCUCUCAUCACAAUAACUAAACCUGUAGAUGACACUGAAAUCACACAUAUACCCUUGAGGCCUCUUCUCUCCUUCUGCAACUUAAUCAUCCAAGUUCUUGAUAAGAUAGGACCGACAAUGGCUGUUCUAAGACAAGACAUCGAUCAAAAUAUUCAGAGAUUAGAGAAGCUUUGUGAAACAGAUCCUUGUGUUUACUCCAAUUUGGUUGAGAUUCUGAAGAAAGAAAGGAACGAGGGGACAUACAAGAUGGUUGCUAGUUGCAGUAGAGCCCUUCUUUGGCUCACUAGGACAAUGGAUUUUUCUGUGGGUUUGUUAAGAUUGUUGUCCAAAGAGAUGUCGUCAAAAAUGGAAGAACUUGUAGAAGAAUGCUACAUCGCGACUUUAAAACCACACCAUGGAUGGAUCGCGGCUGCUGCUUUCAAAGUGUGCUUGAAGCUAGUGCCUGACAAUAACACUUUCAUGGACGCUAUCGGUGCAAAAGACCAGAGCUAUGAGACUCUUAGAGAAGAUAUUGAUACAUUAAGCUCAUUGUUGACACCUAUUCUCAAAGAAAUUUCCAUUCUUCUGGAACAAUUCGGGUUGAACAGAUUAAAAUCGAUGUAAAAGAUGGAUUCAGAAGUGAUCUAAUCAUUAAUUAAUGUUUUUUGACAUUUUGUUAAAGUGAUGAUUUAUAUUUUAACAAAAAUGUCUAUCUUUGUAUGUAUAUAUCAGUUGUUAUAUACAGUGUGUUAAUUUAACAAUCCGAACUAAAUGAUUUCGCCGUUCACCCA